AUGGCUUCAACCUCCAAUAUUGUGCUAUUAGUUUCUAUGUUACUAACAAUUCUCGUUGCUUUGCAGUUCAAGGACGGUAAAUGUUUCUCGACUAUUCCUCACCCAGUACAUGUAUAUGUUACCAACAACUUAACCGGCAAUUUACAGCUUGGUGUCCAUUGUAAAGACAAGCAUGAUGAUUUUGGAUAUCGAAUCACACAUUUUCAAGAAAGUUAUAACUUCACUGUUCAUCCUACAUUCAUGAUACCGAAUAAAUUAUACUGGUGUAGUUUUUCAUGGAUUAAUGGAGCUAAAUAUUUUGACAUUUAUGUUCAAAAACGAGAUCAGGAGGAUUGCGACAGAGAGUGUCAUUGGCAAAUAAAUGCAUACGGACCAUGUAAGGUGAAGGUUGGAUCUGUUCAAUGUUUUCCGUGGAAUGCUGCUAUUGAAGGACGGACAUAG